AUGGAGGACGGUCGACUUAAGGUUAUUAUCGCUGGCGCGGGGAUCGCCGGCCUUGCCACGGCUAUUGCCCUGAGAUCGCUUUCUUAUAUCGACGUGGAGCUGUACGAACGCUCUCCGGAAUUGACAGAAAUCGGGGCAAGUAUCGCGCUCAGUCCGAAUGGUCUGCGCACACUGGAAAGACUGGGCGUGAGCAAUGCACUCGAGGACGAGGUGGCCUUCCGGGGUCCAGCUGGGAUACCAAUGAUUUACAGGCAUUGGAAAACGAAUGAGGUUGUCAGUGUGGACCAUUUCGAAGACGUAUCCGAUCUACGCCAUCAGACUGCGAGAUUUCAUCGAGCCCAUCUCCACCAGGCUCUACUGCAGCAUGUUCCAAGAGAAUCGAUUCAUCUAGACAAGAAAGUUAUCGGAGCCAAGGUCGAGGACCUCACCGUGAGGGUGGAGUUCCAGGAUGGCACAAUGGCUGUGGGAGAUCUGUUGAUCGGAGCUGACGGCAUCAACUCCAAGGUCCGAAAGGUCUUUGUCCCCCAUUUCCAACUGAGCUACACGAACCGGACUGCUCUACGAGCAACGUUUGAUAUGUCUUUGGUUGAACAUAUCCCGGAUCUCCCUAUAGACUCGACUCAUUGGUGGGGCCAAGAUCGCAACUUCUUCGCCUCGAGGCUGGGACGGAACCAAUUCACCGUUGUUGGCAUGUACAAUCCAGCCAACCUCCCUCAGGGCUAUGACAGCGACAUCGGAAGUUGGAAUGACGUGGGUUCUGUCGAACUGUUUCGCGAGCUCUACCGGUACUGGAAUCCUGUUGUUCGCGCUCUCACCGAAGCAACGCCAACCGUCCGACGUUUUCCCAACUAUGCAGGCCAGGCGAUAACGACCUGGGUGUUCGGCUCCCGCGCUACACUCGUUGGCGACGCGGCACACGCCCACGGUGGAGCCCAUGCGACAGGAGGCUCACUUGCACUAGAUGAUGCUUAUGCGCUCUAUCUGUCGCUGAGGCAUACCAUUCCUGAAUCGCAAGGCUCGAAGCCCACUGGGUUGCAACUACGGACAGCUUUGGAUUUAUAUGAAGAGACGAGGCGGCCACACACGGACAGACUCUUGCGUAACGUCCACUCCAGCAUGAAGGAAACACCACCACAGACAGAUGAGGAGCUGCGGCGAAAGAUGCUCAAUCGCGCCAGCACUACCUGGCUAAGCGAACACGAUGUCCAAAGAGCGUUUGCUGGAGUGGUUGCAGCUCACGCAGGGCAUGAUGACACAGCUCAAGAGAAGUUUGAUGGCGUUGUUGUGGCGCCAGGGCAUAAUAUCAUCCCCGCUGUUUCGCAGAUCCUUGGGUUGAGGGACGCAUACGGUUAUGUGGGAAAGCAGGUGAUUGUUGUCGGAGGAAAUGUCUUCGCUGUCGACAUUGUCUCCGGCAUUCAGGGCACAGUCCGUGAGCCGUUGUAUCUUGCGAAGCUCGGUAGCAAUGAGUCCUUCAAGCCUGCGUUUGAGUUGCCCAACGUGGUGACCAAGCCGACGCUGAGGGAAAUCAGGUCGACACCUGCCGGCACCGCCGUCGAGUUCGAUGACGGCACCCGAGUUUCGGGCAUUGAGAAAGUGGUUUCUGCCACAGGUUACAGGCUGUCAUACCCGUUCCUGCCGCCAGACCCAGGUGACGCUCAACAAUCGCCUAGCAGGAUUUUACCAAGAUUUGUUCAAAAUCGGCGAUCCGUGCCUUACCAUUACUGUUUUGCCGGGCGCGAGGCCAAACAAUUGCCUCCUCAUGAGCAAGACCUCUGGGAAACAGGAAGACUGCAUUAUAAAGGCCCAGGGAUCAGCUUCCGUGAGAUCAAAGGCGAUUGGAGUCAGUAUUAUGGAUUUCUCCGCGAUCUGGCAGGGCCGUCGGCAGCAGACACCUCAGCAUAUGAAUUGCCUCCUGGGGAUGAGAGAUGGGCUGAACUGGGGUUUGAGGUGAUACAGCUGAAGGAUCGAUGCUGGAAACGGUCAGCUCAGAACCAGCUCGCGCAAGACUCUCACGUCCGGUGGAGGUCAAGCCCAAAGGCUCAUGUCGACUGUUUUCUGCCACUUGCAGGAAAUCGGCGGUCGCGGUCGCAAGGCUAG